UUGAAGACGUCGAUGUAGACUGUCCUAGGAUGUGCAGAUCAGUCUUUAAAUCAGCAGGGAUGAAAGGGUUUUCACUUUCAAAAUUGAAUCGGGAACUGGACAAACUGGACAAAAUAACGUCACGGGAUAUCCACAGCAUCCUUCCUACCAAGACAGAAGAAGAAGUAGCUCUUUUGGAAGAGCUGACUGAAGAGGAGGACGACGUUGAUGUCGAUGAUAUUUCUGUUGACAGUUGGGUAAAGCGUCUUGCAGAAGGACAUUCAGUCUUUUUUGAAGAGAUGUAUGAUGUAGACGUUGCUGCGCGUGAUCCAAAUGCACAAGAGGCUGUCGACGAAGAUCAGGAUGACGAAGAAGGUGGAGAGGAAGGAGGCGCAAGCCAGAAGAAGAUGAUGGAGGAGUUGAUCAAACAAGUGAAAAUGUUUGGCACUCAGCUAAAGAGAGUUAAGAAGACAAUGGACAAGUUUGAGGAAAGGAUGGUGGUUCCGUUUGAGGCGUUUAUGAAGAAAGCUAUGGAUGAAGGGCAAGGAAGCAGGGAGUGAAGAACUCGGUUAUGUAUUUUGUAAGCUCGGUUAUGUAUUUUGUGGGAAGUUGGACCCAUUAUUUUGUUGUUGUGUGGAUGUUGGAAACCUCUUGACUUAUUAGGUAUGUUGGAUGGAACUUGUUCUUGUUAUCAUGGAUGUUGCAAUCUUGUUAUCAUGGAAGUUCUUA